AUGGCCAUUUCAGAUAUUUUGAACCGCCGUGUGCGGGCAAGGCCAGGUGAUGAGGAGGAGGAGGACGUCUACUCCUCAGGCUCUGGGGAAGAAGACUCUCAAGACGAGAACGAGGAUGGAGAGGAUGUGGAUUCGGACGACGAUCAAUCACAAGAGGAUGAUGCCUCGGGUUCCAACGAUGAAGGCGACGAUGACGAAGACUCUGACGACAAUGCCGAGGGAGAUAGUUCCGAUGAAGACGACAACAAAGAUGAUUUCCAAGCAUCUCUCAGUAACAUCUCGUUCGGUGCUUUAGCAAAGGCCCAGGCAUCUAUGGGUCCUAAAAAGCGAAAGGAGAAAGCCGAUGAAUCUACAACUGCCUCCCCGCUCGACGAUAUCCGCGCCAAGAUCCGCGAAGCUCGCGAACAGAAACGGGAAGCCGAGGCCAAAGCGCUCGGUUCCAAGGAUAAGAAAGACAAAGAGUCUCGCAAAUCCAAGCACGCACCCAUGGAACAAUCAUCCAAGCGUGCUGUCACUAGAAGACGAACAGUUGUGGAGCCUCCGGCCGUCGCUAAGGCUCGUGAUCCGCGGUUUGAUGCGGCAGUUAUGGGCUACAGUGGUGCGGGACGGUACUCGGAAGGAACAAGCAAAGCAUACGCAUUCUUGGACGAGUAUCGGGCGUCCGAGCUGAAGGAUCUCAAGGAGCAAUUCAGCAGGACCAAGAAUCCGGCACAAAAGGAGGCGCUGAAGGCGCAGAUUCGGUCUGCAACAGAUAGAAUGAAGGCCGACGAGAGCAAGAAGCGCGAGCGGGAGGUCAUGGCCGAACAUAAGAAGCAUGAAAAGCAGUUGAUUCGUGAGGGCAAGAAGAGCAACCCGUACUUCUUGAAGAAAUCGGACCUGAAGAAACAGGUUCUGGAGAAGAAGUACGAGUCUAUGAAGUCCAAGGACCGGGCCAAGGCCAUGGAACGUCGGCGCAAGAAGAUGGCUUCCAAGGAGCGCAAGGAGAUGCCCUGGGAACGCCGUGGAAUGGGUGGCGAUGACGAGCCUCCAAAUUUUGGCAAGCGUCGGCGACUUGCUUAG